AUGUCAAACACUGACUUCAACGUACUAGAGCUCUUCAACAGUAUCAUCAAUGGUUGCAGUGUAGGCUCAUCAUGUAAUUACUCCCAUUUAAUUUUCCACAACACAAGCCCUGACAAUGAGCUGGAGAUUCUUGAUGAUGAUGGAUCCCCCUGGCUAAGAAUAGUCAUCUCUGUGGUGUAUUUUGUUGUGGCUACAGCAGGAGUGUUGGGGAAUCUGCUAGUGAUGUUCCUGCUGUAUUCUACUCACACCAUCACCACAGGCACCAUCAACUUCUUUGUGUUCAACUUAGCUUUGGCUCACUUGCUGUUCUCCCUGGUCUUGCCAUUUUGGGCCAUAGACAUUGCACUGGACUACAGCUGGCCCUUUGGUUUAGCCACAUGCAAGGCUGUGUCCUUACUCACUGGGCUCAACGUCUUUGCUAGCUGUUUUUUUCUGACAGCUAUGAGUUUGACUCGGUACUUUUAUGUGGCUACAGCUCUCAAAUCCAGCACCUCCCUGUGCAGUAGAUCUUGCACUUAUCCAGUGACCACAGCUUUUAUCUGGGCCGGAGCACUCAUUGCUGCGACGCCCAGAGCUGUGUUUGCAGACCUGAGACAUGUGGGCAGUGGCAACGACACAGCAUGCUUGCUCCGUUUCCCAGAUGGUACAGCCUGGCUUGGAAUGAACCAGCUCCUGCGAGUGGUACUGGGAUUUCUGCUGCCCUACGCCAUUAUCAUCCUAUCCUACCUGCUACUGCUGCGUUUCCUGUGUCGGCAUAAACUAAAGGGCAGCAACUCUCAGCGAAAGGCUGAUAUUUCAAAGUCUGUGGCAGUGGUGGUGCUAUCAUUCUGCGUCUGCUGGUUUCCCUACAAUAUCCUCACACUUUGGGGUGUUCUGAUCCAACUUGACAUCGUUGAUAUCAGCCCCUCAUUCUACUUGGCUCAAACAUACUUUUUCCCUCUGGCCAACUGCUUGGCUUUCACCAGCAGCUGCUUCAACCCUGUCAUCUACUGUCUGGUGAGAAAAGAAUACCGUGUGGCUCUCCAUAACGUGCUCUUCAAAUUGAGCCUGGCUAUCAUGUCAAAGAUACCUUAUGGUAUUAAUUCUGAGGAAGGGUCAGGACAAACUGGGCAGCUGGCCAUUCCACUUAAUGACAUGUACAGCGAGACAUUUCAAACUGACACAAGGAACUAUGCACCUCUGCCAACACUUCCAACAGUGGUGUCCCACCUCUAA